AUGGCACCGGGCAGAGGGCACCGGGCUCAGGUCUGCGCCUGCCCCCUGACCAGGGCCCUGCUGCUCCCGCUGCUGCCCCGGCACCACCGCCCUGCUCCCAUGGGGCAGGUCCCGCAUCAGCCCAAGGGCAGGGGCCGGGCAGGGGCCGCAGGAGGGACUCUGCUGCCCAGUGCUGCUCCGGUGAGCCAGGGUGGAAAGAGCUUCUCCCAUGGCCCCCCCCACGUAACAGCAGCCAAACUGGACACCGUGGUCCCACCAGAGACCCCCCCCGGCCACCUCCAGCGCAGCCCGGACUCCCCCGUCACUGCCCUGCCCCACACCAGCCCCACAUCCACAGGCAGAUGCUGCGAUGCCGCAACCAUCACUGAGCCGUGCAGCGGCGAUGUCCCCGAGGUGGAGCUCAGCAGCCUCCUGCGGGAGCCGCUGCCCCGUUACACGCUGCGGGCCGACACCGUCUUCGGCUACGACCACGAGGACUGGCUCCGUGCCCCCCGGCCCCCGGGGCCCGCGGCCCCGCUCACGCCCCGGCAGAUGGAGGAGACGCUGCGGUACUUCCGUGAGUGCGGGGUCAGGGCGGCACCGGCGCUAAUCGCCGCUAACGGGAUAACAGCAACGGGAUAA